AAACACUCAAACGAGCAGGAAUCCUCCUCUUUGCUGCAACUUAGCCUACUUUGAUUUAUUUCUUUUUUUUAUGUUUUUUGGCACAGCAUCCUGACGAUUUCAGUUUCUCCACAUCUUUGUGUUUUAAUAAGAAAUUAAGUCUCUUUGCAGUGUGUAGGCUAUUUAACGUUUUUUCACUGAUAUUUGACAGAUUGUUUGAUGGGCUCUGUAAGGGGUUUAUACUUUUUUAAGCCAAAGUGUGGUGGUCAAAGCACCUAGUGCUGUAGGAAAUAUCUUACCUUCAAGAAACCAACACAGUUUCAUCCAGAGUAAAGAAAAGACGUAAAGGAUGCUGAACGUUUCCCGGAGUCGGAGCUUUUGGAUGUUGAUGCUGAUCAUCGCGGUAGUGCGGAUGGGAGAAACUCAGGCGACCGAGAGCGAAGCCCAGGUCAACUCCAUCAAAUCUCUGGAGCCACAGUCCGCCGCCACCAACCGCUCCAGCGGCAUCCCGAAGAAAGGCAACAUUCCCGCUCAGGGGCAUCCAUGCAGCAGUGAUAACGAAUGCUCUGUGGGAACGUACUGCCACAGUCCUCAACACGCGCCGUCCCGCUGCCUCACCUGCCGCAGGAGAAAGAAGCGCUGCCACAGAGACAGCAUGUGCUGCCCCGGCAAUCGCUGCAGCAACUAUAUCUGCAUCCCGAUCUCAGAGCGUGUCCUGUCCUCACACAAGUCACCUAUGGAGGAGCACAACAAGCUUUCCCUCAAAGACAAAGGCUGGAGGAGGAACGGCAAACCUCAUGCCAAGAUCUCUAUCAAAGGUCACGAGGGCGACCCUUGCCUGCGAUCGUCCGACUGCUCGGAGGGCUACUGCUGCGCUCGCCACUUCUGGACGAAAAUCUGCAAACCUGUGCUGCGGCAGGGCGAAGUCUGCACCAAACAGCGCAAGAAAGGCUCCCACAACCUGGAGAUCUUCCAGCGCUGUGACUGCGCCAAAGGACUCGCCUGCAAGGUGUGGAAAGACGCCACCUCCUUCUCCAGGUCCAGGCUGCACGUGUGCCAGAGGAUCUGAGCCGGGAGGCCCCCGCAAAACAAGCCGCACCUUGGGGCCCCUGCGUCCCGCCGGGGGAGGAGUGGACGAGGACUCCUUUCUCCAGGACUUACUCAGCUGUGAUAAAGAGAGAAAGGGUGAGAUACAGAUGAAUGUGUGUGGGUUUGGGAUGGGAACAAACCAAUAUGGUGGGACGCUCAGUCGUAGCUGUUGAGGAAGCACUCCGGGCCUCUUUUCAAGACUAUUUGGUGGAGUUUUAUUGAUUUACAAGCCAUAUUUAUCACUGAUUUCGCUGGCAUUAUUUCAGUAUGUCCGUGCUGUCGGUUUAGUAUCUCGUGAUGCUGAGUUCUCUGAUUUGGUUUCAGUUUUUCACAACAUGUGUGACCCUGGACCACAGAACCAAUCAUAAGGGUCAAUUUUUUUGAAACAGAGAUUUAUACAUAAUAAAUAAGCUUUCCAUUGAUGUAUAGUUUGUUAGGAUAGGACAAAAGUUGCCCAAGACACAACAAUUAGAAAAUCUGUAAUCUGAGGGUGCAAAAAAUAUUAAGAAAAUCACCUUUAAAGUUCUCCAAAUGAAGUUCGUAGCAAUGCAUAUUACUAAUCAAAAAUUAAGUUUUGAUAUGUAGUAGGAAAUUUACAAAAUAUCUGCAUGGAACAUAAUCUUUACUUAAUAUCGUAAUGAUUUUUGGAAAAAAAAUGAAGAUGAAAAUGUAAUAAUUUUGACCUAUACAGUGUAUUUUUGGCUAUUGCUACAAAUAUACCCAUGCUACUUAAGACUGGUUUUGUGGUCCAGGGUCACAUGUUUCAUGCACAUAUGAGUUUUUCUUUGCAUAACCACUAAAAUAUUACCUAGGUUGUUUUUGGUUACAUUAUAACAGGGAUUCGUUCACUAAUAAUUGUAUGAAAACAAACAGAAGUUUUCAUUUUUAGUUGACCUUUUCCUAAAUCUGCUCUUCUGAAAGUGCACUUUGAGUUUGCUUGUAUAAAAAUAAAAUGAUGUGUACAUAACACCAAACAGAAGAACAGUAGUAUGUUUUCAAGGUAGUCACACACUAGUAAUGCAUUUGCUUGAGAAAUAUGAUCAUUAGUUCAUAUUUACAAUUACUAUUCUAUCAGAAAUGCUAUAUAGGUUCUGAUUUUCAAGGGAAGUUGUUUACAGUGCUGUUCAGUGAAUGUCCAGAUGCUUUAUGACAUUAUGAAUCAUAGUCCGUACUUUCACUCUGUAAAAUUCCACACCAUCUUUUAGCUAGAAUAAUAAUAAUAAUAAUAAUAAUAAUAAUAAUAAUAAUAAUAAAAAAUAAGCUCUUAUAUUGUAAAUAAAAUGCUAAAUUUUCCAUAUGUAUUUAAGAAGCAGUUGUAUAUCAUGUAUAUAUUGGUAAAAAGGAACAGACGGGGACAUGAAUAAAGUAGCAUAAAGACAUUACUGUGUCAUAGCAAGGUGUGGUGCCAUUUUCCUCAAUCUCUUGUUUUUACACCGCAGAUAUGAAAAUACCCACACAGAACUAUUUCUAUUAAAUUAUUUUCAAAACACAUUUCGCAGAGCUCACAUUGUGUAUUUGUUUAAUGUCUGAUUUCCUGGGUUACUUUGUUCCUGUUGUAACAGUGCUGUUAUGUCUCGUGUAUUUACAGUGAUUUAAACAGA